AUGUCGUUGAGGCGGUUCAUCCGUCCCGCGCGGCGCUUGCCGGUCUGGCUGCUGCUCUCGGUAGCCACGCCCUUCAUCUUCGAGGCACUGUUACAUCUGUGGCGGUACAGCGUGCCGCGCCCGGCCACCGAGCUUGACACCCCCUUCUUCACGACAUGUCAGGAGCCGGACGUCGGCGCCCCGCGCGAGAACGCUGUCUUCGUCAUGCUGGCGCGCAACCACGAGCUCGCCAAGGCCAAGAAGACCAUCGUUUCGAUCGAGCGCGCCUUCAAUCAGUGGUUCAACUACCCGAUCCUGUUCCUCAACGACGAGCCCUGGGACCCGCGCUUCAUCCGCGAGCUCAACGAGACGGCCGGCGGCAAGGCCACCUUCGAGGUCAUACCGAGGGAGCAGUGGACCUUUCCCGACUGGGUAGACCCGGAUGCUGCGAAGCAGAACAUCAAGGAGCAGGGCGAGACUAGAACGCCGCAUGCCGGGGAGGAGGGAUAUCACCACAUGUGUCGGUUCUACUCCGGUAAAUUUUACCAGCUCGAGGCCAUGAAGAAAUACAAGUGGUACUGGCGGUUGGAGCCGGACGUCGACUUUACCUGCGCCAUUACAUACGAUCCGUUCGUGCAGAUGGCGCGGCACAAGAAGGUGUAUGGCUUUACGAUUGCGUUAUGGGAGGUGGGCGCGUCAUGCCCUGGGCUGUUCCGCGCUACGGCCGACUAUAAAGAGAUGAACGGAAUUCCGACCAACAACUUGUGGAAGGCCAUGUAUUCGGCGUCGUGGAUGCCCUUCCCCUUCCGCCGCCUCCUGAGCUGGCUGCCCCACCGCGACGCCCACGGCGAUGGCUGGAGUUUGUGCCAUUACUGGAGCAAUUUCGAGAUCGCAGACAUGGACUUCUUCCGUACGCGCGCUUACCAGGAAUAUUUCGAGUAUCUGGACAAGAAAAAGGGGUUCUACUUUGAGCGUUGGGGCGACGCAGCAGUGCACUCGCUGGCGAUCGCCAUGUUCGUGGACCCGCGAAAAGUACACCAUUUCGAGGACUUCGGCUACCGGCACGACAAGCUGUUCCAGUGCCCGUCGAAUGCGCCGGGAGGACAGCUGCCGGAGUCGCAGCUGCUGGGUAACGAAUCGAUGGGCGCCUGGUCUCCCGAGUCGGAGGGCGGCAUCGGUUGCCGGUGCACGUGCGACGGCAGCAAUCCGCGCAAUUACGGGGACUAUUGUCUCAACAAGCUCAAGCAGCCCACCACCGUUCACCGACGAUGGUUUGCCUGGUUAUUAUAG